AUGGCGCUUCUUCAGUGGAAGGCGCCCGUGGACUACGAGGCGCAAUUGUCUACGUUCAAGACCUUCCUCCAGGACUUCAAGGCGUCCCCGGCAGACUCCAUCACCCAUGCCCUCGGAGGAAUGAACAUCGAGGAGGAAGAUCUUGACGACGAGUAUGACUUUAUGGAUGAGGACAACGAAGACGACGAACGCCGGCGCCAGGAGAGGGCCAACCGCAAGAAGCCCUACCACAAAUACAAGGAUCUGAUGCAACAACUGGCAAAUCGCGACAUCGACGAGGUCCUGAUCGAGCUCGACGACAUUGCUCAGUGGGAGUCAGAAAUGGGCGAGGACGUCUCGGCAUUGAAACUCGUCAAAUCCAUCGAGGAGAACACCAAACACUAUGUCGAAAUCCUGUCAAAAGCCAUAGACGACUGCAUGCCAAAUCCCACCUCAGAAGUCACCUUCAAGGAUGACGUCUUGGAUGUUUUGAUGGCACGCCGACAAGCCCGGAACCAGGAGAUCGCUGAAGGUGCCGAGGCCAUGGGCGACCCUACCCUGUUGCAGGACAAGUUCCCGGCAGAGCUCACCAGGCGCUACACCCUCGUCUUCAAGCCUCGCUCCUCCACCCAAGAGCACCCAGUGAAGUCGCUUUCCGUCCGGCAGGUAAGGGGUGACCACCUCGGUCACCUGAUUACCAUCAGGGCCAUCGCUACUAGGGUGUCGGACGUGAAACCCUUGGUUCAAGUUACAGCCUACUCUUGUGACAGGUGUGGCUGCGAGAUCUUCCAGCCAGUCACUGCCAGGCAAUUUGGACCACUCACCAUGUGUCCCUCUGCAGACUGCAAGGCCAACCAGACCAAAGGCCAACUCCAGCCAUCUUCCCGAGCAUCCAAAUUCUUGCCAUUCCAGGAGGUCAAGGUGCAGGAACUUCCUGAGCAGGUGCCCAUCGGCCAAAUCCCUCGAUCCCUGACAGUCUCGGCUUACGGAACCGCCGUUCGCAAAAUCUCUCCUGGCGAUGUUGUGGAUAUCUCCGGCAUCUUCCUGCCGACCCCGUACACUGGCUUCAAGGCCAUGCGCGCAGGCCUCUUGACUGACACUUACCUCGAGGCACACCACAUCGUUCAGCACAAGAAGGCCUACGAGGAUAUGAAGGUCGACCCGAGCCUGGCACGAAGAAUCGACCAGUACAGACGAUCAGGGCAGGUCUACGAAUAUCUCGCCAAGUCCAUUGCCCCAGAGAUCUAUGGUCAUCUCGACGUCAAGAAGGCCCUCCUACUCCUCCUCGUUGGAGGUGUGUCAAAGGAGAUGGGCGACGGCAUGAAGAUCCGUGGUGACAUCAACAUCUGCCUUAUGGGUGAUCCUGGUGUGGCCAAGUCUCAGCUGCUCAAAUAUAUCUCCAAGGUGGCUCCCCGCGGUGUGUACACCUCUGGCCGUGGUAGCAGUGGCGUCGGUCUGACAGCCGCUGUGAUGCGGGAUCCUGUGACGGAUGAGAUGGUUCUCGAGGGUGGUGCGCUUGUCCUUGCCGACAACGGUAUCUGCUGCAUCGACGAAUUCGACAAGAUGGACGACAACGACCGGACGGCUAUCCACGAAGUGAUGGAACAGCAGACUAUCAGCAUCUCCAAAGCUGGCAUCUCAACGACCCUGAAUGCGCGCACUUCGAUCUUGUCCGCGGCCAACCCGCUUUAUGGCCGCUACAACCCCAAGCUUUCCCCCGUCGAGAACAUCAACCUCCCCGCCGCUCUGCUCUCCCGUUUCGAUAUCCUGUUCCUGCUGCUUGAUAAUGCCAACCGUGAUAACGACGCGCAGUUGGCCAAGCACGUUGCCUACGUGCACAUGCACAACCGACACCCGGACAUUGGCACCGAGGACGAGGUCGUCUUCUCACCCGACGAGGUCCGGGCCUACAUCUCUUUGGCUCGCAACUACCGCCCUGUAGUCCCGCAGAGCGUAUCGGAGUACCUGAUCAAGACGUACGUCAAGAUGCGCGACGCGCAGAAGAAGGCCGAGAAGCGCGGCAAGCAGUUCGCGCACACGACGCCGCGUACGCUGCUGGGCAUCGUCCGGCUGUCGCAGGCGCUGGCGCGGCUGCGGUUCGCGGAGGAGGUCUCGCAGGACGACGUGGACGAGUCGCUGCGGCUGGUGGAGGCCAGCAAGGACAGCCUGCACACGGAGCAGCAGGGCCCCGGCAGGCGGCAGAUGAACGCCAGCAGCAGGAUCUACAACCUGGUCAAGUCGCUCAUGGAGACGGGCCAGUGCCGGCCCGACGACGCCGACGAGGACGAGGACGAGUUCGGCGUCGAGCUGAGCAUGCGCAAGGUGCGCGACCGCGUCAUCGCCAAGGGCUUCACCGAGGACCAGUGGCUGAACACGCUGGAGGAGUACACAGAGCUCGACCUCUGGCAAACUGCUGGAAAUGGCUCCCGCCUCGUGUUCAUCACGGCGGCGGAGAACGAGAACGAGGACGACGACGAGUAG